AUGGAAAAGCUGUUUGACUGUCUCAGCGUGGGACAGUGUGAUGACCCCAAGGACCGUCCUGCAUCUUCCUUCCUGCCCCCAACCCCUGGCCUUGCACAGGACCCUGAGCACAGGGUGAUGGGACCCCACCCAUCUGUCUUGGCCGUUCUCUGCAUCCUCACACCCCUCUACUCACACAGUCAUCCAGCUCUGUCUCCUCCAGUGGCCCCCACGGAUGCUCACCUGAUGCUGUGCCAGCCACUCACCAGAUGUGGGGACAAGUUCUAUGACCCUCUGCGGUACUGUUGCUAUGACGACGCUGUGGUGCCCUUGGGUACAACCCGAAGGUGUGGCAACUGCACCUUCAGAGUCUGCUUCGAGCAGUGCUGCCCCUGGUCACUCAAACCCCAGGAGUCCUUCCUGGUGAAGAUGAGAGGCCAGAAGUGCUCUGAGGCUCGAACCUUGGACGACAGAGUGUGUAGCAGGGUCACCCCAGCUAGAAGGCAGUGGCAUGAUCAU